AUGGCGACACGCGACAGCCGCCCCUGCCCGGGGUCCGCCCCCCGCCAUCCCGGGGACACCCCGGGGUCCCGUGUCCCCAACCCCAGCGGGUCCCGUGUCCCCCCGAACCCUCCCGGGGACACCCCGGGGUCCCGUGUCCCCAACCCCCCCAAACCUCCCGGGGACACCUCGGUCCCCCCAGACCCCCCCGGUCCCCCCCGGGCUCGGCGGAGGCUCCGCAGCAGCUCCGGGGCUCGGAGCCCGCCCGGAGAGCGCCGGCCCGCGGGCGCCUCCAGCCCCCUCGUGCUGCUCCGGGAUGUCACCAACGCCCCCCCAGCGCUGCCCUCGCUCCGGGACAAACCCAAAACCAUCCGGCUCAUCACCAGGGACCUGAUCCGGGAGCUCAUAAUUCCCAGGGAUCGGCCCCCGGCCUCGCUCAUCAUCGGCGCCGAGGAAUUCCAGCGGAUCCAGGAGGAGGCGCGGGCUCCGCGGCAGCGCGCGGAUCGGCUGCGGCUCCUCAAAUCCCGCCAGGACGCGGCUUUUGUGGGCAUCGCCCGAUUCCCUGACCGGGCCCGCAGCGCGGAGCGGCGGCAGCAGGAGCUGCGGGAGGCUCGGGCCAGCUCGGAGCUGCAGCGGGAGCGGCGGGCGCUGCUGGAGCGCGCGGCCGGGAUGAGGCUGGAGCAGGAGAGCGAGAUGCGGCACCUGAACUCGGUACUGCCGCAACCUUCCCCUUUUCCCUGCUCCCAUUCCCGCCUCCCACAGCUCCUUCUUAAGCGGCAGAUGCAGGGGGAGCAGCGGGCGGAGGAGCAGCGCCUGCAGCGGCUCAUGGACAGCGAGCAGGAGAAGGAGCUGCAGCUGCAGGACGAGCUGGAGCGCUGCAGGAAGCAGGAGCUCAUCAGCACCAAGCUGGAGGUGCUCCAGCAGAUAGAGCAGAGGCAGGAGCAGCGGGCGCUGAGGGCCGAGCAGAAAUUCCAGGAGGGCCAGAGGUUCAUGGAGCACCUGGAGCAGAUGAAGAGGGAGGAUCGCGAGGCCUGGCAGCAGCAGCAGCAGCGCAAGCGGCAGCUCCUGGCCGAGAUGAAGGCGGUGGACGCGGAGAACCAGCGGCUGCGACAGCGCGACAGGGAGCGCGACAAGCGCGACGAGCUGCGGGCCCUGGAGGAGCAGCGCCAGAAGGGGGUGAGAGGGGGGCUGGCAGGACACUGUCACCUCCCCCGGGGCGCUGUCACUUCCCCAGGACUUUGCCACCUUCCCAGGGUUCUGUCCCCCACUGUGUGUCCCUGUCCCCAGCCGAUGUCCCUCGGUGUCGCUGUCCCUGUGCCGGUGUCGCUGUCCCCAGCGCCGCGUCGCUGUCCCCAGGAGCGGGACGCGGCGCUGGAGGCGGAGCGGGCGCGGCUGCGGCAGGAGCGGCAGCGGGAGCUGGAGCGGCUCAAGGCCACGCAGGAGCACGAGCGGGGCUGGCAGGAGGCGCAGGAGGCUCUGCGCUCCAGGCGCAGCCAGGAGGCGGCGGAGCGGGACUGGCGGCACCGGGAGCUGCAGCGGGAGCGGCGCCGCGCGGAGCUGCUGCAGGAGCUGCAGCGGGAGCGCCGCGAGCAGGCGACAAAGCGGCGACAGCAGCUGGCACUGGCACUGCAGCAGGAGCGCCGCGACUUCCUCGCCCUGCUCAGCGCCCAGGAGGAGCAGCUGGCACGCGAGCAGGACCAGCAGCUGGCACGGCAGCGGGCACAGCGCGCCCACGCGGAGGCGCUGCAGGAGCAGAUCCGGGAGUCACGACAGCGGCGACAGCGCGACAGAGCCGCGGCCAUCGAGGAGGGACAGCGGGAGCUGGCACGGGAGCGGGAGCGGGCAGAGCGCCUGGCACGCGUGGGACGGCAGAAACUGCAGCGCCUCAGGGACACCGGUGUCCCCGACAGGUACUGUGCCCUGGUGGAAAAGAGAGUCUGGGGCACGGCCACCUCCUGA